UCGGAAGUGCAGUUUUUUACGCACAGCUGCAUGGAUAAUAACUAAGUAGGCUCUUGUAGCAACUUGCGUGGGUAAUGCAUGCAGGCAUAUGUAGAAGUCUCCGUAGAUUUACAGGUGUUCUUCGCAGAGAAGAGUUAACGCAGCAGGUAAAUUGGUUCGGUUAGUGCGCAGUAUUCGUGAUGCACAGCUCCACAUCGUAUGGGAAGAAUGAAAUCAAGAGGAUUUCGCCGAUUGUAAACAUUAGACCAUGACGAGGUUGGCAAGGUAACGCGUUAAGUCAGUUUCUAAAAAUCAACGUUGCGGAUUCAGACGGGCUGACGGAAAUCAAGAGUUUAUUUGGAUUAGUUGAUGAAGGAACCGAACGAUUACAGCAUGGACGUGUAUUUGUGAUUACAGCUGUCUGGAACUGACAUUCGAGAGCAGAAUUCGUCUAACAUCAGUGAUUCAUUGCUCGGUAAUCUGGAAUUAUCAUCAAUUUAUAGUUGCUUAUCUUGGGUGGUGCAAGCGACAACAAUAUUCUUACAUGCUUACGACUUAUAUUUUUAAUAUUCAAAUACCAUGGCAUAGUGCAGCAGCUAUAGAGUUCAUCAGAAAGUAAGAUCUUUUGCAUCCAAAACCCUGCCAUCAGAAGGAAACAUUUAAACAUGACUGAAAAUGCAUCAGUGCCUGUUUGCCAGAGUGGCUAUAAUCAUAACCGCACUUUGGUCUUGUAUGAUGCCUACAGUGGAAUUCCUGGCACUCUUGCAAUUAAUGCUAUAGCUUUUGUUGUACUACUGCUGCUUUUUACACUGCUGAGAAAAAUUGCUUGGGACUAUGGACGAUUGGCACUUGUCAAUAGGACAGAAGAAAAAAAACAAAUCACAGGAUACAAUGUAUGGACCUCUCUUUUCUACGGAGACCACGAUAAAAGAUCACUUGGAUCUCAGGAAUCAGUCGACACAACAGUCAAUUUACAGGACAAGGGAGUGUUCAGGUGGAUAGUGGCUUUUGUCAUGCUGAAGGAUACAGAUAUCUUUCACAAGUGUGGACGUGAUGCAGUGCAGUACUUGUCAUUUCAGCGCCAUCUUUUGGUUUAUGUAACUGUCAUUACUGUCAUCUCAGUAGGUGUGGUCCUUCCUGUCAAUUUCCAGGGAAAUCUACUUGGCAAUGCUACUGAAUUUGGCCAUACUACUAUUGGCAAUCUGGACUCAGAUUCUCCACUGCUAUGGGUACAUGCAACUUUGGCUGUACUGUACUUUAUCAUUCUUAUCAUCAUUCUUCGUCAUUUCCAUACCAACCUGGAUGUUGAAGAGGAUGAGCAGGUGUCUCGUACCCUUAUGAUUUCCAACAUACCACACAACAAGUGUUUUGCUGAAAACAUUCAGCUGCACUUUAGAGAAGCAUACCCAGAAAUGACAGUGUGUGACAUUCAGUUUGCUUACAACAUCACUGAACUUGUGUCCUUGGACAAGCAGAAAAAGGCUGCCAGAGAAGCUAGGAUUUAUUCAGAAAUGCAGUUGCACAAAACUGGUAAACGACCAGUUAUUUAUCCGUACACCUGUGGUCGCUUUUGCUGCAGCCCCUGUUGUGGAUGCAAAGAGGUGGAUGCCAUUAACUUCUACAUGGAUGAGGAGGCAGAACUACAGCGUGCUUGUGAUGAAGAAAGAGAAAUUGCUCAUAAGACUGCGAUUGGAAUUGCCUUUGUUACUUUUGAGUCUGAAAUGCAGGCUCAGAGAGUGAGGGCAGAUUUUCGUGCAAAUUGCAAAGGUACACACAAUCCUCAGAUGUCCAGCGUGUAUAUGGAGCUGCAUGUUCAGGACUGGCAGGUGCACUUUGCACCCCCUCCUGAGAGCAUAUAUUGGGAGAAUUUGUCAGUACCUGAGUGGAAGUGGUGGACAAAAGCUUUCUGUAUUAAUGGAUUCCUGCUGGUUCUACUAUUCUUCUUGACUACACCAAUCAUGAUUCUUCACAGUCUUGACCUUCUUAACAUAGACAUUAAAAAGCCUGUGGAAGAACACCUACAUAGCCCUCUGCUGGUGCAGUUUUUGCCUACCCUGCUUCUUUGGACUUUCUCUGCCCUUCUUCCAAACUUAGUUUACUAUUCUGACCAGUACAUGGGCCAUUGGACAAAGACAUCUGAACAUCAUGCUAUUAUGCGCAAGACUUUUGUCUUCCUGCUUCUGAUGGUGCUUAUUCUCCCAUCACUUGGGCUUACUAGUGCCCAUGCUUUCUUUGAAUGGGCUGUGAUUGAGGACCAGAAGAAGUUGCAAUGGCAGUGCAUCUUCAUGCCAAGCAAUGGCUCUUUCUUUGUAAACUAUGUCAUCACUGCUGCAUUUAUUGGCACAGCACUGGAACUUCUGCGAUUUUCAGAGCUCUUCAUGUAUGGAAUUAGGCUCUUGAUUGCUCGCUCAAACGCUGAAAAGGCAGCAGUGCGUAAGGCUGUCCUGUGGGAUUUCCAGUAUGGCAUGCAGUAUGCGUGGAUGCUGUGUAUUUUUGCUAUCAUUAUUAGUUACAGCAUCCCAUGCCCAUUAGUUACUCCCUUUGGCCUAGUGUAUCUGGCAUUGAAACACCUUGUGGAUCGUUACAACAUUUUCUUUGCCUACAACUCCUCUAACAUCAAUCGGCACAUCCACAACUCGGCCGUGACUUUUGUACUGUGGUCAGUUAUAAUGCUGCAGAUUUCUGUUACAUUCUUCACAGGUUUGCGGGCAGAGGGCAUGGACCCUGUAUUCAUAUUUUCUUCGGUGGCUCUCUUCAUCAGCAUUAUAAUUUUUGUGGGCCGAUUAAGCUUUGGAUGGUUCAGGCACCUGAGACCAAGCCGAUACAGGGUACACACGACAAGAAUAAUUGAGAUUCAGUCCACUUUUGGAGGACCUGCAUUCUCUGAUCUGCAGCAGUUUGAUGAGGGGGAUGCAUUACCUAUAGAAGCAGAUGCCACUCAGAAGCCAUUUAUUGCUGAAAUAUUGCUGAACCAGGCUUCCCCUGAAAUGCCCAUUUCAUCUUCUCAACAUUCACAUCCUUCAUAUGGAGCCACAGCAGAUACUGCAGAUGUCCAGUCCACAAAUAAUCGGGGUUAACCUAGUAAGCUGCCCUCACACUGAAAUACCUAUUAUUUGUUGUGGGAAAAAAUCUAAAGAAACAUUAACAAUGCCAGAAAAUGACACCCUUAACCAUCAGAUUUCACACCUAAUGCAUUAAGAUGUGCUGAGGCAGUGGAUGCCGACUUGUGGAGACCUCCAAAACCAGCAUUUUAUGAUUUGUUAUUAGAAAAACAUUUCUUUAUCUUGAUAAUAACUUAGCAUGCAGUGUACAUGAAAUCAUGACAUUGUCAGGGAUCCAGCAAGAAAGUGUCAUGGGUGUCAGCAAGAAAAUACAUCUAACAAGCAUGGAGGACAUAAUUUGCUUUGAUCGCUGAGCAGAUAUUUUGUGUUGUUUCGAGGAGCUAAGAAUUGUGAUAAUUGUUGUGUGAUUUAUAUAAUAAAUUUAUCUGUAGUUGCUUCCCUGUUAAAUAGAGCAAAUAGAUACUGCUGUAUCUGUAUAUAAAAUUUUAACUUCUUUUGCUUUUGAAGUUGUAUUUACAUAAAGUUUCCUUUUUUAGGAGUGGGGGUAGGGGUAGAAUUGGGCAUGUGGAUAUUAUUUCACAGUAAACGACAAACUUGUAUUCCAUGAUGAAACUGCUCCACAGGAGAGAAUUGUUUUGAUUUUUGAUAUUGUCUAUUGCAUUUAAUGACCGAAUAUUCCAAGUACUUUGGAUUUUGCUUUUUAUCUUUGGUCAGAAUAUUUUUUUAAAAUUCUCAGUCUUUGCAAAGAAUGUGUAUUUGAAAAAGUCAAAAACGUUUUAGUGUAUAUAUAUAUAUACAAACAUUAGUUGUAUAUUAAUUUUACUGUUUUCGACAUCAUUAUAACAUUAUAUAUUGUUUUUUGUUGUUUUUUAUUUUCUGUUUGCGUGUUUGGAGAUUUUUGUGAUGUGGACAUUAGGCUGUAGAUAUUUGAAACUAUUGUGUUUUGAACACUAGUCAGGAAGUAUAUAUUUAUUAAAUACUCAAAUUUAACACAUCCUUUAAAUUCCGCAUUGUACACAUUCUUCCAGUUUCUUAGGAAAACAACCAAAAAAAGCCCAGCUGUCUUCAUCUUGAAAUUGUGAUGAUGAUUGUGUCAUUUUCCUUGUGCUGUGACAAUAUUUCUUAUGCAUUUGAAGUGACCUUUAAAACUCAAUGAAUGUGAAGACUGCUUAAUGUUAGUGUUGUUUUUACUGUGUACUCGUUUUUCCUUUCUGUGCUUUAAAUGUAAUUUAUUUUUAAGUAAUCUGAAAAUUUUUUUCCCUGCAGUCUAUGGCAGAUUUUUCUGUCAUGAUAAUAAGGUCACAGAUGUCUUAUAAAAGAUUAUAUCUUUUUGUCUUUGUAUAUUUAGCUAAAGCAAUGUGUAAAUGGAUUCGUGCAGUUUAUCAAAGAUCACGAUUAAUACAAUUAUAUAUAUAUAUGAAGUUACAGAUAUAUAAAUGGAUUCCUGAUAUUGGUUAAGAUUAUGGAGGGCAUUAAACUCCUGCUUUCCUAUUGGUGAUGAUUAGCUUAAAUCAUUGGAUUCUGGUGAUUUGGGUGUAUUAUGAGCUAAUUUUGCUUACAACAAUAUUUUGCUUCUUGAUCUUCUCCAUUCAUUUUUGUUUGACUGCACUGCUUUUUCUAGUAUGAACACUUGGCUGGCCAUCCAUAACUGUGGGAUGCUCUAGCCAAUCUCUCUCUCUUACACGAUAAUUUUCAAAUAAUCCCUUCCAUUAAAAUCACUUUCCUAACCUUUACAAAAGCUGAAAUCUGCAUUUGUUUAAAUGCAAGUGAAUGCACACUGUUCUCUGUUUUGUUAGAGGAACCCACUUGGUCUUAGUAGCAUAUUCAAUGUAGUAAGCUGGUUGAUACUGUAGGUGCAAUAUUUUUCAAGUGGUAAAUGCUUUCAGUUGCAAAUAAAUGUUGUUCAUGCUAACCCC